CCCUCCGCCACUUAUAGAAUUAUUUCAUUCCCAAGAAUCCUCAGCGCAACCACAAACCUAUAGCCGUUAUGGACGAGUCGAGCAGCAAUACUCCCUAUCCUCAAUACUUACAGCCGGCCCCGGCUCAGAAUAUCAUCAAGACAACUCAGACAGGAGCGUUGGAUUCCGCUUUUCGAUGUAAUAACACUGAUUCCUACUUCCCACCACAAGGGAGCGAGCUGGCAAUCUCGAUAUCCUCCUCAACCUCACCCAAAGUUCCGAGCUCCCGAGCGGACCUACCAGGGUUGCUGGGGAAGAAAGAGCCAAAGAAGAUGGCUGCCCCAGUAAUGCCGGCUACUGCUGAGGAUGAAGCCCCAAAAGUCGAGCCAGAAACCCCAGCCUCCUCCGGAAACAAGACGCACGCCGGCAAUCUAUGCCUUCCCGACACCUCCAUUGUCUAGAAGCAUGUCCGCGAUGAGCCUUGCCUCAGGCGUGAGUGUUGCUCCCUCGACACCUGAUAAGGAGACGUGGGAUAGGACGAUCGCCAGGGUGAUCAAUGGAAUUGUUUCAAUUAAGGCGACAACUACCAGACCCUUCGAUACGGAAUCUGCGGGCGACUAUACUGCAACCGGAUUUGUGAUUUCUAAGAAGCACGGUCUUAUCCUCUCUAAUCGUCAUGUCGUGUCACCUGCGCCGAUAACCUCGGUUGCUGUAUUUGUUAACUACGAAGAGGUGCCAAUCAAACCCGUUUAUCGUGACCCCACCCACGACUUUGGUAUCUUUAGGUAUGACCCAUCAAAAUUGAAGCACAUUAACGUCGAAGAGAUCGAGCUUCGACCGGAGCUCGCCCGCGUAGGCGAGGAUAUCAAGGUCGUCGGUAAUGACUCCGGCGAGAAGUUAUCGAUUCUCGGCUCUACCCUCGCAAGGCUCGACCGCCAGGCCCCAAGUUACGGAACCGACUCCUACAACGACUUCAAUACCUUCUACAUGCAAGCCGCUUCCGGAACCUCCGGCGGAUCCUCCGGUUCCCCGGUGUUGAACAUUAACGGCCAGGCUGUGGCCUUGAAUGCCGGAGGAAGUAACUCUUCUCAGAGCUCUUUCUAUCUUCCGUUACACAGGGUCGUACGCGCGGUGGAGAAGAUUAAGAGAGGAGAAGCUGUCAGCCGUGGUACUUUGCAGACCGAGUUUCUGCACCACAGCUACGAUGAACUUCGAAGGCUCGGUCUGACGGAGUUGGUUGAGGAGGAAUGCAGGGCUAGAAACCCUUCUGCUACAGGUCUCCUUUGUGCAGAGGUCGCUGUUCCACCCGGUGUAACCAGAGUUCGCGGGUUGGAGCCUGGGGACAUUCUUUUCACCUGUAACGGAAAGCACAUUACGGACUUUAUUGGGCUUUGGAGUAUCAUUGACGAUAGUGUUGGAGGGGAUAUCGUGAUCGAGGUUUUCCGUGCCGGAAAGGAGGGUAGGGCUGGUGCCACUGGGAUGCUGCAGGUUGUAUGCACCGUUCAGGAUUUGCACACUAUCACUCCCAGCCGCUUCUUCGAAAUUGGUGGAGCUGUGAUUCAUGAUUUGAGCUACCAGAUGGGCAGAAAUCACAACGUCCAACUUGGGACUGGCGUUUUCUGUGCGGCUUCUGGCUUCCUUCUGUGGUCUUCAUGGAGCAGAGAUUUCUUGAUCACUGCUGUCGAUGGAAAGCCUACCAAGACUUUGGACCAAUUCAUUGAAGUCAUUAAAGGGAUCCCGGAUUAUAAGCGGGUACCCUUUAUGACGAGGUCUAUGGGCAGAAACGAAGAUCAGAUGAUGAUGGUAGAUAUCGAUAGACAUUUCUUCCUCGCUGCCUUGUUCGAGAGAGAUGACAAGGCUGGGCAUUGGGUCAGGCAAGAACUUGGGUCCCCGCUCCCUGAGGAAGUUCCCAGUGUAUCAGAAAUUACCAAUGAAGAUGCCAUUGGUGCUGAAGAGGAAGACGAGGAAGACCCGGAAGAAGCGGCUCUUGAGAAACUCAAGGGUUCUCUCGUUAAUGUUAUUUGCCGUCUCCCGUACUCCAUCUACGGCCACACAUCUGCUUCCAACUAUUCGGGUGUCGGCAUAAUUGUGUCACUAUCACCUGUUCCCUUGAUCCUGUUUGAUAGGUCAUCUGUUCCAACGGAAAUGUUGGAUAUUCGUCUUACGGUCUCAAACAAGAACAUUCCCGGACAGGUAGUCUAUCUCGGAGCCUUUACGCUUGUCACUUUUGAUAGCAAACUUCUUCCCAAGGGCAUCAGCGUGCCGGAAUGGGACACAAAACCCCUUAAGGUGCGCGAUGAGGUCAAGGUAAUUGGUCUGACAUCAGACCAACUCCUUGCCCAGAAGGAGACUUCAAUUUCAUCGAUCGGCGUAAGCUUCAACACCUGGCAGUGCAAUCCCCCGCGUCACAGGUUGAUCAACAUUGAGAAUAUUAAUCUCUCUGAGUCGUCGGGUUUCUGGGGCGGCGCUAUUGCGCGCAAGCAACCUAAGACCGCAUCGAAUGAGGAGAAGCGCGUUUUGAAGGUUGCUGCUUAUUACAUGACCAUUUCCUCGCAGAACAAGAAUGGUGAUGAUUCUUUCUGGACUCAAGGUCUCGAUAUUCAGCGUUAUGUCCUUCCGGUUGUCGCUCGUAUCAAUGAGGAACUGGCCACUGGGCCUGUUGAGCCGCCUUGUCGGGAUCUCGGAAUUGAGUUCUCCGACAUGUCGCUCGCGACCGUGUCCACCAUGGGACUUUCGCAAAAGAGGUUUGAUGCUUACGUGAAAGCAGCAAAGCGAAUUCGUGGUGCUCCCCGACCACUCAUUGUCGAGUCUCAUAUUCGCUCAUUACCAGUCUCCCCGGAAAACGAGGAAAUGUACCCAAAGAUCGCAGACAUCGUCUUGGAGAUUGACGGGAAGCCAAUCCACCGGGUUUCUCAGCUCACGGAGUUAAACCUUGAGUUGAAGGAAUCCGUUGAAAUGGUUGUCCUCCGCGGCGGCGAAGAACUCACCCUGACCGUACCAACCGCUCCCGCUCACCCCUCCACAGGAACACACGUCGUUCAGUUCUUUGGUGCGAUCGUUCACGCAACCCAUGCUGCAGUGCUCGAACAGGUGGAUUCUAAGGAUCCAUCUCCCCUCAUCCCUAUCAAGACCCCUAGCGUCUACGUCGGAGGUGUAUCAUACGGGUCCCCGGCACUCGAUAACAUCCGUCCGACCCACUGGAUCUUGGAAGUCGACGGGGUCUCUACCUCCAGCAUUGACGACCUCAUCGAUGUUGUUAAGAGCAAGAAGUGGAAGACUGGCAAGUACAUCCGUGUCAAGCAAGUUAACCGCAAGGGCAUCACCAGCGUUGCCUCCAUCCGUGUCGACGAGCGCUUCUGGCCAGUCCUUGGUUGGAAGCGACAGAGCUUUGGUAGUCGGCAGUGGACCCAGGAGAGGAUUAGUGGGACGGAGUUCGUGGAGGGCAUCAUCUAAUCCUUUUCAACAUUUUUCUUUCUUUCUUUCAAGUUUCUCUGCUCACUAUUGCUUCCUUUUUAAUAAACCUUCACGUGUUAUUUUUUUUUAUAGGUUUUUGAGUCUUGCAUAUUCUUGAACAUAGAUUGCUUGGCAAAGUAGUCGGUCGGGGGGGUGAGCUGAGCUUUGGUUACUUUUAUGGUUAUUUCUUGCUCCCUCUGUGCGAGUUUUUUUUUUCUCCACAAAAUCGGAUAGAUUGGGUGUAGGGUGGUUAUGGGUUGUUCGUUUGGCUAUUAUUAUGUUACGGUGGUGAGGGUUUUCAUGAGUAUUAGGUUAGAUGGUGCCUUCAUUUGGUCACCCUUUUAGUAAUUGAUUAGUUUGUUAUCGUUCAUAUUGUCGCCUGAUGUUUGAAUUGCUAUUAUGGGAAUAAAGAGUUUGCUGAUA